GGGAGAGAACGAGAGAUCGAAAGCUGGCAAGCGAGUGUGCGGCUCAGGCUUUCUGGGGCAGGGGGGACGUUAAGAUGUGGAGAUCUCCCCAGCUGAGAGGGGCUCCGUGGAGGCAACGUCAGGCUGGGCGAAAGCAGAAUGUGCCACGCGACUUGGCCCCGCUGCCCCGGCACCCUGUGAAGGAUGAACUCCCGGGGCUUGCAGGAUAAGCAGCCCACUGACAAAGCAACCGACAGCAACAUCAGCGAGAGGGAACGCAUCAGGGGGCGCAUGAAAAUGGUGAUUGGGCAGCUGGAAGGCAUCCUGCAGGAACUUAAGGAUGUGGCCAAGGAGCUGCGGGAAGUGGUGAGCCAAAUUGACAAGUUGACCUCGGACUUUGAGUUCGACCUGGAACCAGACGAUUGGACGACGGCGACUGUGAGCAGCACGUCCAGCAGUGAGAAAGGAGGGGGCAUAUUUGACCUGAGUCACCUAGAUUUCAUGACCUCAGACAUCCUUUCCGACAGCUGGGAGUUCUGUUCCUUCUUGGAAGCCUCCACUCCAUCGGACUCUGGCGAUGGCUCUGAACAGCAACAGCAGGGGCGUCAGCCCGACUACCGGCUGAUGAAUGGCGGGGUGCUGAUCCCCAAUGGACCCCGGGUAGAAACCCCAGACUCUUCCAGUGAGGAGGCCUUCAGCUCCGCACCAAGCCACAAAGCCCAGCACCAGAGGACGCCGGGCACCAGGGAACGGGUGCGGUUUAGCGACAAAGUCCUCUAUCACGCUUUGUGUUGUGACGACGACGAUGAAGACGCGGACAAUGGGCCACCUCCGGAGGAGCCUCCGGAGGAGCCCAGAGAGCUGGCUCAUAAACCAGUGCCUGUCGCCAAGAUGACACCACGGCGGUCACCUCACCUCAGUAGCGCUCAGCAACGGAAGCUGACGCGCAACAGCAGCACCCAAACGGUGUCGGACAAAAGCACGCAGACGGCGUUGCCCUACGUUUCGGCCAAGCAGAAAAUCAAAGGCAAAAACUGAG